AUGAGACCUAUUCAUCCAGAGCCAACCGGCUUGACCAGCUGCCCAGCAGAUAUCCUAUACUCGAUAUUUGAGUUACUCUCACCCGCUGAGUUUCAUGCACUAUGCCUUGUUCACAAGAGCGUUUGCGGAAUGGCCGCGAGGCUUCUCUACCAGAAUAUCCAAAUGGUUUGGGAGCGUGAGAACCCUUUUGAUCCUCCACCAGUCACUAAACUGUUGCGAACUUUGGUGUCCAGUCCUGAUUUGGCUGCUCACGUCAGGACUUUUCAUCUCGGCGGCAAACUCGCCAGUCACGCCUCACUCGUGAGAACCAUACGUGCAGUUCCCAUCUUUCCUACCGAACUGAACGCGUCUAUAUCAUUCAUUCAAACGACUGGAGUCCCGUAUAGCGACCUUUGGAUACACGAUUUACAGCAAGGCAAACUUGACGCUGUUGUCGCGCUGCUCCUGGCACAGCUGCCAAAUCUUAAAUCUCUGCACCUGGGGCCUGCUUUCACCCAACGAAGUGAGAUCAUAGGCAUGGUUCUUCGUUCAGCCAUCUUUGAGACUGUAGACUACGGGCUACCUGACUUUCGGCAUCUCCGAGACGUGACAUACCUCCUCAAAGAAGGCCAUGACGAGGCGCGUGAUAAAAACGUCAAAAACACUGCUGAUGUGUUGCCCUUUUUCUAUCUAUCAAAUAUCGAACGCAUUUCGGUCUUCCUCGAGAGCCCGCUCGCGAUAACGUGGCCUCAACCAAAAUUGCCUGUCGUCCCAUCAAGCCUUACAUCGCUGGUUUUGAAUUCCGUCCGUGAGAAUUAUCUCAUGAAUCUGCUUUCAAUCACGCCAUAUUUGAAGUCGCUGCGGUGGACAUGGUUUUACGAUUACGGUCUCCUCGACGCAGUCAAUUUGCCAAUCAUUGAUCUUGAUCAGAUCGGUGAUGCCAUAUCUUGUCUCAAAAACACUUUGACCGACCUCACAAUCAUAGGCGAGGUUCAACUGGGAGGCAACGAUAUCAAUCUCCCUGGCGUAAAAACAGACGGAUCAUUGAGUGCAAUGGUCACUAUGGACAAUCUCAAGACACUUCAAGUCCCAUGGGCAUUCCUCGUGGGAUUUGCACUAGACACAACGAAACGCCUGCAGGAUGUGCUUCCAAGGAAUCUUGAACACCUGACCAUUACCUACGACCUAUGUAUACAGAAUGAGGAGCAUAUGGAACCAGAUUGGCCUGAAUUCGAGUGGGACGAUCACGCAAUGUUAGACGUGCUGAAACCAUGGCUCGAGGAUCGAACAUUCACGCCGAAUCUUUGCGGGGUUUCACUGGGACUAGUCAGAUACGAAACUGACGAAUAUGACUGGGAGCCUGAAAUGAGGCACCAGCUCGCAGAGCUGGGUGCUCAAGCUGGAGUUGUAUUCGACAUAAUCUUCACAGAUGAGAUGUAA